AUGCGCACAGCGCGGAGUGACGGGCAGAGUGCGGCGCUGGCAGUGAGUGAUCGUCAUAACAAUGGGAGCAGUAAGAUCAAUAUUGGAAGAUUGGCCAGUGGUGUAGGAACUAUUCAAGUUGUAUUCUGCUACAUAAUUUAUUCAAACUCCAUUAAAAAAAGUAACAAAACAAAAAAAGAACGAGCUUACUUGGAUGGCUGCGAGAGUUUGUACGGAGUGAGACACAGACAUACCUGGCUAGCUAAAGGUACCUCAUCCACGUCUGUCUUCAUGGAAGCAUUUGGGCCAAUAAUGCUGCUCUUGUUGAAAGCAGAACAGGAGGAACAGAGAAAGAUUAAACGACCAAAACGUAGGAAGGAGCUGAAGGUAGUACUUCCCCAAAAACCUAAACCCAAACCCCCACCAGCACCUACACGAAAACAGCAAGUGCUUGGCGUCAGAAGACCUCGAAUAUUUCGAGAACGGACAGGUCUAGAAGGCAUGACUGAUGAGGAAGUUGUUGAAAGAUAUCAUCUUCCCAAAGGUGCCAUCAUGGACUUGUAUGAGCUAAUCAGGGUUGAUAUUGACCCACUGACCCAACGCAGCCACGCUAUUCCAGGGAUGGUUAAACUAUUAAACUGUUUGCACUUUUUUACUUCUGGGUCAUUUCAGACCAAGGCAUCCGCAGUGGGUGGAGUUUCCCAGUCAACUUUCUCCAGGUUUUUGGUGCCUGUCAUACAGGCCUUGAAGAAACACGUCCAUCUCUUUAUUGGGUUCCCUACUGACAAAUCUGGGUGGCAGUCAUUAAAAAGGGGAUUCUACCAGAUUGCGGGACUACCACAUGUCAUAGGGGCAGUGGACUGUACCCACGUGGCUCUUUCAGCACCCCAUGAAAGGGAGGAGAUCUACCGAAAUAAAAAGGGAUACCAUUCUGUAAAUGUCCAAAUUAUUGCGGACAGUCACUGCAAAAUUUUAAGUUUAUUUUCAGCUUUUCCCGGAAGCUCAAAUGAAAGCUUUAUAUUACGACAGUCGUCCGUGUAUGAAGGCUUUGAGAGUGGCAAGAUUGGCGGUGGCUGGCUCGUUGGUGGUUCUUUUUAUACAUCUCUCCCAUGGCUGCUGACCCCAGUGACGGAACCAAGUACAGAUGCAGACAAGUUGUACAAUGAAGCCCAAUCUCGCACCUGUUCUGUAAUUGAAAAAACAUUUAAACUUCUGAAAACUCGAUUCAAGUGUUUGAACAAAUCUGGUGGUGGUCUGCAGUACGAUCCUACCAAAGUGUCUGAUAUAAUCGUGGCUUGCUGUAUCUUACACAACAUCGCUGUGCAGCACAACGUUCCAGCUGACUACAUUGUCGAAAAAAGUAGGAAGCUUGCGAAGAUGCCAAAUACUGAGCCAGAGCUCAGUGACAGCGCACAAGCCGUGCGAUCCAGGAUAAUCAAAAACUACUUCUCCUGUAAGUGCCAGAAAUUCAGAUCUCUGUAUUCAUUAAAGGGACAUUAGAGUAUUUCUAGAACAAACCUGCUUCGGUAACGCUAUAGUCUCCCAGUCACUCGUUAAAUGCAGAGUGAAGUAUAAAAUAAAUUGGUUUACUUCCCUUUCCUCCAGUUCGAAGUCUCACUGCUGUCUGCUCCUCGUAGUAUGAUGUACGCUUGGAAGUAUUGCUACCCUAGAGGAGUAUUGGGGAGCAUAGACGCAGCACAGAAUGCCUGGGUACGAGAGCAGAGAAGCUACAGCCCCAGCUCUCCUAUCCAGAUGGAUGGAGUCGUGGCUUGAUAUCUCUCUUUCAAACUAUUCAAAUACACAGAACUUGGGGUCAAGUUGUUAUAGUGCCUACAGUGUUCCUUUAAAUAUGUGAUUUGUCAAACUUCCCUUUUCACGUGAGUUUGCCACAAGCUCCUGGAGGAGCCUGCUUGACAGGCUCCUGCCCACAGACUAUGGGACCUGUAAUAUACACUGAAA